AUGUCAAUAAACCAAAGAAGUAAAAGAGCAAUCCCCUCAACUUUAAACACUCCCACAGCCGUCAAUGUAAAUGCAGUAUCAAGUAUAUCUCAAGCACAGGCAGAACAACUUCUCACACAAUUCAUCGACGCUAGUGAACACAAUAGGAACCCUUUGAAUUUGAAGGAUCAGGACCAGAAAACCGGAUUCUCGAGCAACAGUGAAACGAUAGCCGUAGCGUCACAGUUGAAAAGGAUACAGAGGAGUUUGAGAGGAUUACCACCAUUAUCGACACUGGAAGCUCCCGAGACAAUGAACAACGGCGAAGAAGCUAAGCAAUAG